CCCUCCCUCAAAAGCCAAAGCCAAGACGGAGACAAAAAAGUUAGCAACAAAAAGCAGAGUGCAUGCAGCACAAGAGAGAAGACCGGACCGUCCGUCAGUGCCUAUAAAAGGCGAUAUCCCAACAACUUCCCCCCCAACAAUUCAUUCAUUCACCAUGGAUGUCGACAAAGUUUUCCACAUGACCGGCGGUGUCGGCGAUACUAGCUAUGCCAGAAACUCUUCCCUUCAGAAAAAGGGUUCCGAUAUGGUGAAGAACAUAACCCUGCAGACACUCCAAGAGCUUUAUCUGGCUACUGCUCCCAAGAGCUUGGGCAUUGCUGACCUGGGUUGCUCCUCCGGCGGCAACUCGUUUGCUAUCCUAAGAGAAAUGGUGGACGCCAUUGAAGAGGCCAGUCGAAAGGUCUUGCUGUCGGUGCCGGAGUUCCGGGUUUACCUCAACGAUCUCCCCACUAACGACUUCAAUUCGAUUUUCAAGGCCGUGCCAGAGUUUUACAGGCAGCUCCGGCAAGGAAGAAGAGACGGCGGUCCCUCUAUAUACGUUGCAGGCUAUCCGGGCACUUUCUACGGCAGGCUGUUUCCUAGCGAGUGCUUGCACUUCAUCUACUCUUCUUACAGUCUACACUGGCUUUCUAGGAUUCCGACGGCUCUUUACGAUGAGCAAGGCAGUUCAAUUAACAAAGGAGGCAUUUACAUCUCUGAAUCCAGCCCCCCGGCGGUUUCGAAAGCAUACUUCCGGCAAUUCCAAGACGAUUUCUCGUUGUUCCUUGGAUCGCGUUCUCAAGAGCUCGUUGCCGGAGGCCGAAUGGUGCUGAUCUUCCUGGGAAGGAUCGGUGCAAGCCAUGCCGAUAAAGGCAACUCCUUUUUGUGGGAGCUUCUCUCUCGAUCCUUCGCCAUCUUGGUCUCUCAGGGAGAAGUGGAGAAGGAGAAGGUGGACUCCUACGAAGUUCACUUCUACGCAGCAAGCAAAGACGAAAUAGAAGAGCAAGUGAAGAGAGAGGGUUCAUUCGAAAUGGAGAGGCUUGAAACGUUCGAAAUAGGCGAGGAAGUGGAGGCGGAUGGGGGUAAUAAGAUCCUCAGCUACGGGACGGUGGUGGCAAGGACGGUGAGGGCGAUCCAGGAAUCCAUGAUAAGGCACCAUUUCGGAGAAGGAAUAUCGCUGGACUGCUUGUUCAAGCACUACGCAAGGCUGGUGGAUGAAGAAAUGGCCAAGCAUGAGAUAAGACCCAUCACUUGUUUUCUCAUUCUCAGGAAAAUAUAAAAAAAAUAAAAAAAUAAAAAAAUAGAUUAAUUAAUUCGUUAAUUAAUUAAUGUGAUAGAUUCAGAGAAGAGAACCCAAAACAAGUACGUAUUUAUUAUUAACUUGGCAGCGAGAUGAUGAUGAUGAUGAUGAUGAUGAUGAUGAUCACUACUCCGUGUGUGUGUGUGUGUUUGUGUGUGUGUGUGUAUACAUAUAUAUAUGUUGUUAGUUUGAUGCUCAGCUGGUCAUCGCUUUGUCAAUGGAAGUUUGCUUGUUGAGAAAUGUGCCAAAAGCCCAAAGCAGCCGCAGUUGACCAGGGCCCGAGGCCCAAGACUUGCGCGGCCUGCUGGAUUCACCCGAGUGCAAAGAUUCUAUACGAGACUUUCAAAUUGGACUGGUCAUUGAAGUGGCGAUUUUACCAAUUUACAUGGAUUUGGAAGUUCAAAAUUAGACUAUAUUAAGUUAACUUUUAAAUAGUACUUAUAUUUUUUUAAAUAUAAUAAAUGCAUGUAUUUAAACACCCACAAGUUCUGUUUAUGUUUUCUUCAUAAGGAUUAACUCACGCAUUUAUUUUUAGAAGUCAGGGACAAUUUAACACUUUUGAAUGAAAUUUCAAAUUAACCAAUGUAUUUGGUUUUAGUUUUACCAGUUCAUGAAAAAACAAGCCAAUUUUAACUCGUUUGUAUACAUUCUCAGUCCCUUCGCCUCUAUUGACUAGGUUGCUUUGGGUGGAGGGUUAGUCUUGUAAUCCUUUGCUCGGCUCUAGUGAGCUAGCGUUAGUCUUGGCAUCUGUGCUUGGUGCAUGCUCUCUUCCGGGGCAAUCUUCUUCUUGGUGGUUGUCAAUGCUUUGGUCGUCAUCUACUAAAAAAUGAACACAAAAUGAUAUAAUUUUUUUAAAAUUUUAAUUUAAUGUACAACAAAGAUAGAGAACAUGGCAAGAGUACUUGAUUUUGAAGGAGUGGAGAGUGAGGACAAAGCAAACUGAGCGUGGCAAUGUGUUGGGUGUAGCCGUUGCCAAUGCUUUUGUGCAGAAAAAGAAGUGGAUUUUGAUUUCUACCGCUGGAAAAGCUUGAUGUGCCGUCAGUUACAGCGCUGUCCAUCAAACCACCAAGCCUACCUAACCCUAAUUCUAACCAAACUGGAUAAGAGCUCUAUUUUAUUUUAUUUUUUGGUCAUAUUCACUCGCUUGUGUGUAUGGCGAUCUAUAGAUAGAUACAUGUUGGUUAUUAUAUAUAAUCAUAACAAGGCCCCUUGCCGUCUUCUUCUUCCUUGUCUCCUCCCUUCAACAUGGGGGACCCUUCCCCUGCACUCAAUCUGUCAUUUGUCUCCUUCCACUUUCUUACACUUGUACUUGUCCUCAAUCUUUGUCCAGUGUUUUUUUUUUAAAUAAAAAUUAAGAGAAGAGAGCAUUAUAAGGAUUUUUCAGUUUUCUCCUACAAAAAUAUAUUUUAAUUGAUUUACUGGGUUAUCUUUAUUGUUGUGAGAUCAUAUAUAGAGAUAAAUAUUAAUGUUGAAUUUUAUAUUAAUACUGUCUGUAAUGUGUGAAAUACGAUGCUAAUAAAAAGUGGUAUUUUGAAUGUAUUGGCACAUAAUUUGUAU